GGGGCGCCAGCAGCUCUCCGGCAAAGUGGAGCCUCGAGUUGCGGGAUGCCACUAACGCUGCUGCCGCUGGUGCUCUUGCUGCUUGCGCUGGAUGCCUCCCGGGCGGCGCGUCCCCACGGCUGGCUGUACCGCGAGAGACGGAGCAGCCCGCGGGAGGAGGAGGAGGGCCUGCGGGAUCGUGCCGCGGGAGCCCCGGAGGCGGCUUCCUUGUUUAGCACCUCUUUCGUCCUCAAAGGGGACGCGGCUCACAACCAAGCGAUGGUGCAUUGGACGGGCGACAAUAGCAGCGUAAUUCUGAUCCUUACCAAAUAUUAUCACACUGAUAUGGGCAAAGUGUUGGAGAGUUCUUUGUGGAGGUCGUCAGAUUUUGGAACAUUAUAUACUAAAUUAAACUUACAGCCUGGAAUUGUUACAGUCAUUGAAAAUUUCUACAUCUGUCCUGCUAACAAGAAGAAGAUAAUUCUUGUAAGUUCUUCCCACAAUGACCUGGACCAGAAUCUUUUUAUUAGUACAGAUGAAGGUGCUACUUUUCAAAAGCAGCCCAUUAAUUUUUUUGUGGAAACACUGAUAUUUCAUCCAAAGCAAGAAGACAAGGUGCUUGCUUACACCAAGGAGGGACAGCUUUAUGCAUCUCUUGAUUUGGGAAUAAAAUGGACUCACAUACAAGAUCAUGUGUCAAAAGAUCAUAUUUACUGGGCUGUUGAUGGAGUUGAUGAAGAUCCUGAUUUGUUUCAUAUGGAAGUCCAAGAUCCAAAUGGAGGUUUUUACUACAUGACCUGUCAGUUUCAGAAUUGUUCUGAAAAAUCACUGAAAUCUCCCUUCAGUGGUAGAAUUGACAAGAAUUCCUUGACAGUACAGGAUAACUACAUAUUCCUUCAGGUGUCUUCAGGAAACCAAACAAAAUACUAUGUUUCUUAUCAUCGGAAUGAAUUUAUACAGAUGAAAUUGCCAAAGUAUGCUUUACCCAAG